AUGCAGCCCAUCAAGUUUGGUGCCUUUCUUGCACCUCAUCAUCCCAUUGGCGAAAACCCGAUCCUGCAGUACCGCCGGGACCUAGCGUUGGUCGAGCAACUCGACCAGCUUGGGUUCGACGAGUUCUGGUGCGGCGAGCACCACUCGACGGGGUGGGAAGUCAUCCCCUCUCCGGAGAUGUUCCUGGCCGCUGCUGGCGAGCGCACGCACCGCAUCAACCUAGGCACAGGCGUGGUAUCGCUGCCCUAUCACAACCCGUUCCACGUGGCUCAAAGGAUCGUGCAACUCGACCAUAUGACCAACGGGCGAGCCAUUCUUGGAACGGGUCCAGGUGCGCUUCCGUCCGACGCUCACAUGCUGGGAAUCGAUCCCAUGAUGUUGCGUGACCGCCAAGACGAAGGCAUCGCGGUCGUGCGACGGCUGCUAGCGGGCGAGCGAUUGACCUACGAGUGUGAUUGGUUCAAUCUCUACGACGCCAAGUUGCAGCUGUUGCCGGUGCGAGGCGAGAUUCCCCAGACCGUCGCCUCGAUGAUUAGCCCGUCGGGCAUGACACUGGCCGGCAAGUACGGCAUGGGUAUUUUGUCGAUCGGGUCCAUGUCAACGGCAGGGUUGGCCGCGUUGCCGCUGCAAUGGAGUUUCGCCGAAGAGUCUGCCGAGAAACACGGUCAGACUAUGGACCGUGCUGAUUGGCGGGUACUGAUGAACUGGCAUAUUGCGGAGACCCGAGAACAAGCCCGAGCCGAGGCCUUACAGGGUCUGCACCGCUGGCACAACGACUACAACGUGGGCACCUUGCAGCGUCCGGGGGUGCCGUCGUUCGACACCCCUGAGGCGACGUUCGAUAACCUGACCGCCGACGGGGGAGUGCUCAUUGGAACGCCAGAUGAUCUCAUCGGUGCCAUCCGCGACAUGUACGAGCUCGCUGGUGGCUUUGGCACCGUUGUUGGCUUCGUUAACGACUUCGCUCAUCCCGAGGCCAUAGCUCGUAGUUGGGACAUGGUUGCGCGCUAUGUCCUGCCAGAAGUUAACGGCAUGCUCAACGACUUCCGCGACAGCAACACGUUCGUGCGUGAGAACCGCGAGUACUUCGAUCGCGCUGGCCAGGCAAUCUUGGCCAAGAUCAACGAGAACGAACGGGCUGCUGAAGCGCUACACGAGGAACCAAACCGCGCAUCGGCGAUCACUCCCCAUACCGAUCACCUCGAAAGCGAGACCAUCUCGUGA